AUAUCCAGAGUAUAUCUUGACCUAGUUUUUAAGCUAUUUUAGGUCAUUGGUGCUUUGUAAACACAUGCACUUGUAUCAUGGCAGGCGCGGGUUGGAAAGUUUGGAGAAAGUUGCGGAUAAUUAAGUCAGUUACAUUUCAAAGUUCCAGGUUUUAUUCAUCUGAUUGGAACAUACGGCAUGGGUUGGUUGGUAUGGUAGGCAGGACUCCUCUUGUCCGCUUGAAUAAAGUCAGUGAUGAGACUGGCUGUGAGAUACUGGCCAAAGCAGAGUUUGCAAAUGGUGGGGGAUCUGUCAAGGAUAGGGCAGCUUAUUUCCUCAUUAGGGAAGCGCAAAAAAGCGGUGAGCUGAAGCCUGGAGGAACAGUAGUGGAGGGGACGGCAGGUAACACAGGGAUAGGUUUGGCACACCUGUGUCUGGCCAUGGGGUACAAGUGUGUAAUCUACAUGCCCAAUACACAGUCACAUGAAAAAAUUGAGUUACUUCAAACCUUGGGAGCAGAUGUCAGACCAGUCCCUGCAGUAGCAUGGUCAGACCCCAAUAAUUAUAACCACCAGGCUAAACGUUUUGCUGAAAGUUUGGAUAAUGCUGUGUGGACAAAUCAGUUUGACAACACUGCCAACAGAUUAGCACACAUAGAAACUACAGGACCAGAAAUAUGGCAGCAGACAGAUGGUAAAGUGAGUGCUGUGACAUUUGGAACUGGUACAGGAGGAACAUUAGCAGGAGUUGGGACUUACCUAAAGGAAAAAAACAAAGAUAUCCAAGUUGUUUUAGCAGAUCCACAGGGCAGUGUGUUGUACAACUGGUUUAAACAUGGUAAACUGGAGAGGUCAGAGGGUAACUCCAUCACAGAGGGAAUAGGUCAGGGCAGGGUCACUUCAAAUCUAGAAGGAGCCCCCAUAGAUGAUGCUAUGUGUAUCACAGACAAGGAGGCAGUUGAGUAUACAUUCCGGCUGCUGCAUGAGGAAGGCUUCUUUGUUGGUGCAUCUUCUGGACUUAAUGUAGCAGCAGCGGUUAGAGUGGCCAAAUCAAUGGGACCUGGACAUACCAUAGUAACAGCAUUGUGUGAUACCGGGCAGAGGUAUUAUGCAAAGCUUUUUAGCAGGAAAUUCCUAGAUGACAAAGGCGUACUACAGUACAUUCCUGAACCAUAUAGGAUAUCUCUCCACGAUUAGAUAUUCUGCAUAAGAAAUUUUUGAAGAAUGUUCACACCAUUAUCAUGAAGAUCAUCAAAUUUAUGAAGUUUUGAAUUUUUAUUCUGGAUCAGUUUUAUCAUUAUCAAUUUACCAUAUCAGCAUGAGUGAAGUGUUAUAGGUAUAUUAAAACUUGCCUGCUCAAUCACACAAUGUCUGACCAUGCCUUAUUGUCAACUUACAUUUUUAACAUUAUUUUCCUUUAAUAAAGUUCAGCUUGGAGACAAAAGACCUUUCAACAUAAAUUAUGGAUACAGCUGUGCUGAUAUGUUGUGAGAGAUUGACAAAUAAUAGCCUGGCUUUCACGUGGGAGAGCCACCUUGGUCGAGUUUGAUGGAAGCUAGCCUAAAUGGGAUCUACACCACGGGAGGUUCCAGAGAUAUUUUCUGACGGUCUUCCAAAUUAUAUUUGUUGAUUUAUCCUCCAUUUU